CCGGAAAGGACCCGACUUCCCGGAGGCGGCAAAUCCGGAGGGUCCGCGGCUGCCUUCAUGCUGCCCGCGGACUGCUCGCGCCGGCUGGUGGCUGAGCUGCGGGAUGCCCUGGACGCCUGCGCCGAGCGACAGCGGCAGCUGGAGCGGAGCCUCCGUGUCUCCCGCCGGCUGCUGCGGACCUGGGAACCCGAGACGCCGGCUGCGGAGCCAGCCCCAGGGCCAGAAACUAAUGAAGAGGUCCCGCCUCCCGCAUGCACACCCAGCCGUCAAGAACUCAAGGAGCUGGAGCUUCUGACCCAGGCACUGGAGAAGGCUGUACGGGUGAGAAAAAGCAUGUCUAAGGCUGGAGAAAGACACAAGGCCCUCAGCCUCAAGUCUGGGGAUGCUGCCACUUCUGCCAGCACAGCCUCUGCCCCGUCCCGGGCCUCAAGCCAGGCUGGCAGUCAAGCCUCAGAGACAAAACCACCCAGGGGCGCCCACCAAACCACGGUGCCUGCCAGAGGCCUCCCUGAGGGCAGGCUUCCAUCAGUGGGGGAUCGCACCCGUAUGGCGAGAGGAGCCCGAGCCACCAAGCCUGGACCAGGCCUGAGGGACCAACAGAUAACCGCAUCGGCUGCUCCUCAGGCCCCAGAAGCUUUCACACUGAAGGAGAAGGGUCAGGGCAGACCUGGACUGUGCUGGCUCCCACAAACAAGCUGGAAGCCCUAUUGCUUGUUUGCGGCGGGGAGCCCCCAGAGUGAGGCUACUCUGAGCACUGGCUUCCCUGACAGCAUCCUGCUGAAGCUACCUAUGGCCUACAGGAAAGCAGCUUCCCAGAACUCCCGCCUGUGGGCCCAGUUCAGCUCUACACAGACCAGUGACUCCAGGGAUGCUGCUACCACGGCCAAAACCCAGUUUCUCCAGAAAAUGAAGAUGACGUCAGGUUGGCCCGGCUCUGGGCUCAGUGCUGCAGAGGUGGAGGCGGAGGUGGGGCUCCUCCGGAAGGCCUGCUCGCUGCUGAGAUGGCGAAUGGAGGAAGAGCUCUCGGCAGACCCUGCUGACUGGAUGCAGGAGUACCACUGCCUGCUUACCCUGGAGGGGCUGCAGGCCAUCACGGGGCGGUGUCUCCACAGAGUGCAGGAGCUGCGUGCAGCGGUGGCGGGACAGCAGCUGAAGCCGUGGCCUGAGGGGAGAUGCCCCAGAGCCUCCAUGCCCUGUGAAGGAAGAACAGACUCUAGCUGGAGCCCCCAGCUUCUUCUCUACUCCAGCACCAAGGAGCUGCAGACUCUGGCGGCCCUCAGGCUGCGGGUGGCCAUGCUAGAGCAGCAGAUCCACCUGGAAAAGGUCCUGAUGGCUGAACUCUUCCCACUGGUGAGCACGCGGGACCCACAGGGGCCAUCCUGGCUGGUGCUUUGCCGAGCUGUGCAUAGCCUGCUCUGUGAGGGAGGGGAGCGCUUCCUCACCAUCCUUCGAGAUGAACCUGCCGACUGAGCCCUUCCCGUGGCCAGCAGCCCCGCACCUUGCCCCCUUCCCAGGCCGCCUGACCCCAGCAAGAGGGUGAGCUUGUUCUGACCCAGACGACUGGGAGAGCAGCACCCUAUUAGGUGAACGGGGAUUGAGAGGAUUUUUGAUGUGGGCCUGGGGGCCCAGAAAUGGCUAUACCCCCUGGGAAGCCAGGGUUCCCCGGCUGGGUUGGGGACAGCCCCCUGGUUCUUCCUGAGGAGCCCAGGGCCGCAAAGCUAGUGGUCAGGCCUCCACUUGGCUUGGCCUUCUGCAGGCUUGGAGACCAGAGGCCUGUCGGGCUUUUUUCUUAGCUACCUCUGUUUUUUCUUGCUUCAGACUUACAAGCCACUUGUGUGACAUUAAAACUACUUUAGAAAGCAUAUAUGUAUA